CAAGCCAUUAAUAUCAUAAAUUCAUUUUCUCGUAGCCUAGUUUCAUUCUCAGUAUUAAUCAAGUCGUUGUUCUAUUCAGAAGUAAGUCGAAAAAAAAAAUGAUUGAAGAAGAUGAUUACAACAUUGUGUCAGACAUAGAAGAAUUAGAAUGGGAAUAUUUUGAUCGUAGACCUGUUGCGCUUGCAUUCCACGUUAUCAUUGGAAUUACGAUAAGCUUCACUGGUUUCAUUGGAAAUUUGAUAAUUUUUGUAAUGAAGCUUAAGAAGCGUCGCGAUCGGAAUGGAAUAGUGAUAUUAAUAUUAAAUGUGACAUUAAUGCUGUUAAUUGCAUCAUUUCUGCUGAUUUUGUUCAUCAUUGAUGACACUCAUCAUGAUUCUACAGGAUAUAUGCAGUGCCUUGUCAGGAAUUUCCUUCAACAAUUCUCAUUUACAUCGAAACUAUUUUCCUACAUCGCUUUAAUAAUUGUGGCUAGAUUUUAUCCAAAAUUAAGUACUAGAAAUGGAAUGUGUCUGGUUGUGAUUAUUUGGCUUGUUGCAUGCCUUUAUGGAUAUCCACAUUAUGACUAUGAAAUAGCAUUAGUUCCAUUAAAUGACGGAAAUUGGAAAAGUGUUUGCGCUCCAAUAAUUUAUCAAGGACAUGAACAUUCAUAUGCUAGAUAUCUCAUCACAAUGUUUACAUUCCAGCAUGUUGUUCCGGCAAUUGUAUAUAUUGCAAUUCUUAUCACGACAUUUAAUUGGGAGAAAAAUGCAAAUUCAUCGCAGAAUAGAAAUAUAUUCCUAUAUGCAGCAACACUUGGCUUUGUUUGUAACUUAUCAUUUGUUCCGGUCAUGGUUAUCAUAAUGGAGCUUUAUUUAUCAAUUGAAGUCAACUAUGGAUGGCUCAUAAUCAUGUCCUACUUGUCACACAUCCUGAUUGUCCUCAAUCCAAUCGUUUACUUCUAUUUUGAUAAAGGAUUAUUUAAGGAAGUUUGUGAAAUUUAUCGAGUCAUUGAUUUAAAACUUAAUGGAGAAGAAGAUCCGGAAUCAAUGGAAUCAGAGGAUACGCUGCGUAUUAUAAACAGUUAGAUUUUAAUAACAUUGACCUUGACAUGCAUGUACUUAAAUAUUAAAUUUGUAUUAUUUAAUAUCAGUAUUAGGAAAAAGAUGAGUUCAGUCUAGUGCUGUUAUCUGUGUUUGACUGUGACACAUUAUUGACAAGUUGAAUUGACACAUUAAACACUUAAUUUUAUCAAUCAAACUAUGAUCUUUUGGUUCUCUAAUGCUGUCAAGUUCAAUGAACACGACAAUUUGAAAAUUAUUAACUUUUUUAUGCAAAUUAAG